UUAUUUUUCUACAUACACAUGGUUAUAAAGUGUUAAGAAAAGUCUCUCUUUUAUUUGUACAUUUUAGAGCUCCAAGUACAUGGUCAACAAUAUUAUUAUGGACCACAUGAUCUCCAAUGUUGUUAAACCUUGAAAAAAUAGGACAAAACCUGCAUAACAUUCAAUGUGAAGUACAGCUAUUCUUACAUUCACAUUCUUUUUAUAAUGUGAGCCACCUGUAUUCGUGGGCAAAUGAAGUAUGAAAAUAAUACAGUGAUAGUGUUUAUGGGGAGUAUAGCAUUGUUGAGAGGAGCCUUUAUGGCUGGAAUCAAUCUUGGAGCUGAAAAUCUGGCCAUUUUAAAUGGUUAAUAUUUCCCUUGCCUUUUUUUCUCCUUGGCUUGAAGGUUUGUGCCAGGUUCCUCAGUGCAAGCAGGAAUCAGGUUACAGUCCUUCAGGUCUUACGUGCAUGCACAGCACACACACUCACCAUCAUGUUACACAUGUAGUAAAACAUUUUUAGGUUAUUGCCUAUGUUUUGGGUGGAGUUUUUGUGCAUCUUGCAUCAGUACAUUUUAAUUUGUCAAAUUAACACUGGUAAACUGGUGGUAAACAGUUUGCUAUUAAAAUAAUCUUGAAAAAAAAAUUCUGGAAAGAGGGUGAUAUAGUACAUAGUUGUCUGUGUUAUUGUUGGCUGUGGUGUUGGCCAUGAUAUCAUCAUUUGUUGGCUCAGAUUACAUUUGUUUAAAUAUGGAGGUAAGGUUCAGCUUACAACAGUCAGUUGUAAUGAUGUGUCCACUUUGAAUUUUAGGCCAUUGAUGGGUGCCACUAGAGGACAGUGUGUGUGAGGACCUUCAAAUCUGAACUCUCAUCAAGAGCAUACACAUUCAUACCGUCAAAAUGAAUGAGAGACAGGCUCUUCAUUCAAUUAUGAAGGAUCUGGUGGCCCUGCAGAUGACCAGGCGCCAGUCAGCGUCAACUCAUGACACGGCAAAACCUAAACCGGUCAGCACUGCCGGCUCUUCCAAAAGAAUGGAGGAUGUCAGGAUUAAGUUCGAGUUCUGUGGUGAAAGAAGGAUUCUGAUGUUUGGGCGGCCUGUGCAGUUUGAGGAAGUCCAGCAGAAAGUCAAAACAUUCUUCGGUCAGCAGUUAGACCUGCAUUACAUGAAUAAUGAGCUGUCCAUUCCCCUGCGUGAUCAGGAUGACUUGGAUAAAGCCAUCGAUCUGUUGGGCCGCAGCUCAAACACGAAGAGCAUCAAGAUCAUGCUGCUGACACAGGAACAAAGCAAUGCCUCUUCUCCUUCUCAUCACACAUUGUGUAAGCAGGUUCGGAUAAAAACCUCUCAGUCCACCGGUGAUGUCAGUACUGCGUACCAGUCCUCAGAAACAAGAGGACCCCACCACUCCACCAGCUCUCAGAACACCGGCCGAAGUUCUCCGCCCCCUGGUUACGUUCCUGAGUGCCAACAGCGAAUCGCACGUCAGGGAUCGUACACCAGCAUCAACAGCGAGGGCGAGUUCAUACCUGAAACCAGCGACCAGUGUGUGCUGGAUUCUUGGAGCAGUGCAGAAAACUCUGUGUCUGGCAGCUGCCAGUCAUUGGACAGCAACUCUGACAGUCCCUCGGUCAGGAAGCCUCGUACACACAGGGUUAAGAGUUACCCUGACAAUCGACAGGACUGUGCAGACCGGGAAAACCAUGUUUAUGAUAAGGUUGUAGGGAAGGGAGGGACGUUCCCUCGCAGGUAUCAUGUGUCGCUGCAUCAUAAAGACCACAGUGAAGGUCGACGGACCUUUCCACGGAUCCGUCGUCACCAGGGAAACUUGUUCACGUUGGUGCCAUCACGGCGCUCUCUGAACGGCAGUGAGGAGAGUUUGGGGAGCCGGCAGCUGGUCGAUACUCCAGCCAGACUCCGCCCACAGGAGCGCCCGGUCCCUCAUAAGUCCCCUACAGCUCCAGUGACGUGGCGCAGGGGGAAGUUGCUGGGUCAGGGUGCUUUUGGAAGGGUUUAUCUGUGCUAUGAUGUGGACACAGGCAGGGAACUUGCAGCCAAACAGGUUAAUUUUGACCCUGCCAGUCCAGAGACCAGCAAGGAGGUGAGCGCUUUAGAGUGUGAGAUACAGCUGUUGAAGAACCUGCAUCACGAGCGAAUCGUUCAGUACUACGGUUGCCUUCGAGACCAUAUUGAGAAGACCCUCACCAUUUUCAUGGAGUAUAUGCCCGGGGGUUCAGUCAAAGACCAGCUGAAGGCUUAUGGGGCUUUGACAGAGAAUGUGACACGCAAGUAUACCAGACAAAUUCUGGAGGGCAUGUCCUACUUGCACAGCAACAUGAUCGUCCACAGAGACAUCAAAGGUGCCAACAUCCUGCGAGAUUCAGCCGGCAACGUGAAGCUGGGAGAUUUUGGUGCCAGUAAGCGGCUUCAGACCAUCUGCAUGUCCAGCUCUGGGGUCCGUUCUGUUACUGGAACGCCGUACUGGAUGAGCCCAGAGGUCAUCAGUGGAGAGGGGUACGGCCGGAAGGCAGACGUUUGGAGUCUAGGCUGCACUGUGGUGGAGAUGUUGACAGAAAAGCCCCCGUGGGCCGAAUUCGAGGCCAUGGCAGCCAUAUUUAAGAUUGCCACUCAGCCCACCAACCCCCAGCUGCCCUCUCACAUCUCCGAACACACUCGGGACUUCCUCCGCUGCAUCUUCCUGGAGGCCAAGUACCGGCCGAGUGCAGAGGAGCUGCUCAGACAUCCCUUCUCCCAGAUCGUCUGCGGAGGUUUCCAUCUAGCUUCCUCCACCAGUUAAAACACUCAUUUUUCUUGUUAAAGAGUCAUAAGAUCAGCUUCAAAGGCAAUCUGCAAUUCCACAGCAUGUGAUCUGCCAGCACCCAAUCUGGGCUGUUGCCAGGAUUAAGUGGAAAAACUGGUUUAUUCUCUAAUGGUUUGAAAUGUGAUGAUGUCUCUGGGACAGCAGGGGGAGCUACAGGACUUUCGGGGUGCACAGGCUCUUUAUUACAGAAAUCCACAGACUGAUGGUGUCCCAGGAUUAGCAGGUGCAACAAACAUGACACUGUUUGAGUCACUGAGCUGCUUCGAACCGGACUGUUUCUUACUACAACUGCCAAAUGUGCCUUCUAAAGCCAACAGGGUCAAUCUCACUGACCCCUAAACAAGUUUUUCAGACAUGAAGAAAACUUGUUCCUGCCUCAUACACACAUCAGUCUCGAAUGUUUUGCAUUUGUGAUUAAUCGUAUAUAUAUAUAUAUAUAUAUAUAUAUAUA